AUUAACGUAAAAAAGGAGUUUUGAAAAGGCUAAGCCAAGUCCAAAUGAUCAAAUAAUGAUUUACGGAUGACUCAGAGAAUCGAAGAUUUUUUUUAAUUUAUUAUUUACUUGAUGAUAAACUUGAUAAUAUACUAUUUUUGCCUGGGAACUAGUUUAAGUUUGGAGAUUAAAUCUUUAAUAGCCGAAACACCAACAAUAUACACGAAGUUUUACACGAAAAACGCCAUUUUAAUUAUUCUUUUUUCCAUUUGGCGUAAUAUAUAUAUAUAUGUAUUAUA